CCUGACCCCCGUGCUGCUGCGGUCCCAGCCUGCCCGUUCGCUGCCCUCCCUGCCUGAUGGAGCCAGCGCUGGCAGAGGACCCUCCUCGAGGCGGCCAGCUGAGCCCAGUGCAGGAGCGCUAGUGGGACGUGGAUGGCAGCGUGUGCCACCCUAGGAGGGACGAUGGCUCAGGGCACCGGGAGCAUCAACAGCGACUACAAGGAUUGGGAGUGGAGUGCCGAUGCCGGGGAACGGGCCAGGCUCCUGCAGAGCCCCAGCGUGGAGACGGUGCCGAAGAGCGGAGAGAGCCAAGGAAACGGUCUGGGGGCCACGUCGGCUUUGGGAGCCGUCUUCAUCGUGGUCAACGCUGCCCUCGGGGCUGGGCUGCUCAACUUCCCCGCCGCCUUCAGCAUGGCCGGCGGCGUGGCUGCGGGCAUCGCGCUGCAGAUGUGCAUGUUGAUCUUCAUCAUCGGAGGCUUGGUCAUCCUGGCGUACUGCUCGCAGGCCAGCAACGAGCGGACCUACCAGGAGGUUGUGUGGGCCGUCUGCGGGAAGGUGCCUGGCGUGCUGUGCGAGGUGGCCAUCGCCGUCUACACCUUUGGCACCUGCAUCGCUUUCCUCAUCAUCAUCGGAGACCAGGAGGACAAGAUCAUUGCUGCUCUGGUGACGGAGCCCGAGGAAGCUGGGAGCAGCCGCUGGUACACAGACCGCAAGUUCACCAUCAGCAUCACUGCCUUCCUCCUCAUCCUGCCCCUCUCUAUCCCCAAGGAGAUCGGCUUCCAAAAAUACGCCAGCUCCUUAAGCGUGAUUGGCACCUGGUACGUCACAGCAGUCAUUAUCAUCAAGUACAUCUGGCCUGACAAGGAGCUGGUGCCUGUGGAGAUCCCCACCAGCCCCUCUACCUGGACAGCUGUCUUCAAUGCCAUGCCUACCAUCUGCUUUGGGUUCCAGUGCCACGUGAGCAGCGUGCCCGUCUUUAACAGCAUGAAGCAGCCGGAGGUGAAGACCUGGGGGGCGGUGGUGACGGCGGCCAUGGUGAUCGCUCUCUUCGUCUACACGGGCACUGCUGGUGGGCCCAGGUCAGCUACGGGGUGUUCAUGGUCACCCUCGGAGCCUUCAUCUUCGGACAGACUACUGCCAACGCCAUCUUCGUGGAUCUCACAGCCUGACUCCGCCAGGCUGGACCGCACUGCUGCUGCUGAGGGGACGCAGAUUUCCCCUAGGACCAAAGGGAAGCGGGGAGAAAACACGUUGACGUGCUGGGAAGAUCCAAGAGGAGCGUUGUAAUCUGGGGCUUGGCUGAAAGAGCCCUGUGGUGGUUUGUAUCUCGUCGUCUUAACGCACCAGGCAGUCAGGCUUCUCCUCUCAGCCCUGCCUCCCUGGUGAAGCCAGAGCAUCACUACAAGGGGACCUGUAGUCCCAGUCAAGCCCUUUCUGCCCCUCCGGGGUAGACAUCACUACCUUAGACAUCACUAAGAGGUCGCGGUUGGGGUUUGUGAAGGCAUGCUGCUCUCAUCCGCGUACCCCUGUGCUGGUGGAGCUCCUCUCCACAGCUUAAACUCCUUCUUCUCCCAGCAUUGGAGGAAGAGAGUAUGUCUUGCAUAAAGGGAACUAGUAAUCAUGUUUAUCAGACAGGGCGACAUCCCCGUAGUCCUCUUCUGUGUCAGUGUUUGGUUCGGUUUGGUUUGAACUCUGCUUUCCCGUGGCUCAUCUCGCCGGUCUCCUGCCCUUACUCUUACAUCUCCCUCCGCCUGGGCUGCGCUUUCUGUUACAAAGUGGGACCGUCGCCUUCAGCCUGAUUUUUUUUUUUUUUGGAGGAUCAGGACGAGCCUGGGGUAGGGACACACCAGUGCAAUGUUUCCCCUGCCAGGGGUUGCUCACUCGCUAAAGAAGGUGCUGUGGCUGCAUCGACCUACUGGGGACACUAAGCUAGAGCAAAGCUCUUCUCCCAAUUUCCAAUCCUGUUCUUCCAGGAGGUGUCCAGGGAAUGGGACUGGGCCAGGUGUAGGUUUUAAGGGAUGCUUUGGGGAUAAAGCAGCCAGUAUUAAUCCGUUUUAUAUUGUUCCCUUGGUCGUUUACACUCUCUGUGGCUGGUGUUGCUCUGGGCUGUCCCUCCGUUGCCUGUCUGGAUGAUAGUUUCCCUUUUGCUUUCGCUGGGUUGAGCAGUUCCCCCAGCUGCAGAUUCGGUUGGGGGAGUUAAACUUCAACAGCAAACAGCUCUUGUUCAGUCUUUGAGUUCCUUUGUUCCUUGUUUGGGUUCUAAAACCCUUGGGGAGGGAGGAAUUCAUGUCUAUCUAUCGCUGCAUCUGUGAUGAAGGUCCAGCCCAGCUUUGUGCACCGCCUGGCUUUCCCCCUCCUGCAUCUUCUGGAAGCAGCCCAGGCUGUCGUGGUGGGAAGGUGAACCAUGGCGUGCUUCUGUGCUUCUCACCGUGGUUCUCUCCCUCUGCCACCAGCGGCGGUGGGUGGCAGGACAGCACGUGGCCGCUUCCCCACGUGGAAACGUGUGGUCUUUCCCUACCAACGCUUGAUGCGUGUAAACGGGGACCUCCCCGCCGCUCCUCGGGACGAGAUGGGGAGACCCGGAUGGAGAAGGAGGAAGAAAAGCCCCAAGCACAGCGUGAAUGUUUGAGGGACCCUGUGACGGCACGAGUCCCUCCUGCUUCCUCCAAGGUACCUCCAACCUCCAUGCCCUCAACUUUGGACGAAACCAGGCUCCGGCAAACCCCCCAUUCCUAUGGCACCGGCGGCCUCCUGAGCCCCUUCGCCCUGAGAGCUGGGGCUUGGGGGACCCCUUGGCAUAAAGAAGAGGGUGCCCAACCCCACCACCACCCGACCCUGCAGACCGCUCCUCCUGGACGCGGGGAGGACGGAGCCACCUCCCGCGGAGCCCGGCAGAGAUGCUGGAGGCUCAGCAGAUGCCAACGCCGAGAUGCCUUUCGGUGCCCGUCCCCCAUCAAGAUGGAGAGGGGUUUGGUACCCAGUGGGUUUUGUGGCUCCGGCUUUCCCGAAGGUGUGCUGGGCAGGAGGAGGUCCCACGGCCGACGUGGAGGCGGACACAGUGUCCCACGUCUUUGUUUGUCACCCGGGGAGCUGCUGGGCUCCCUCAAUCCCCCCCCAGGGGUCCGCGUGGCUGAGGGCAGGGGGGGUAUGGAGGUGCUGUGACCGUUUCUCUGUUUGCCUUACCGCUCCCCUGACUGUUUACAAACACCGGCCUUUUUAAAUGUAUUUUCUACGUGCAGAAAGCGGAGGGACCUAGAGUCAAUAAAAGUGACGUUGUGGUGCGUGCGC